AUGAUUUAUUACGUUUCCCACCCAUGGAAUAAAUUUGAGCCAUUUUUUCCCCUAUAUAAAUCAGAUAAUCAACAGCAUCUGAAGAUACUGGUUCCCGGUGGCAUUGGUUAUAUUGGUAGUCAUUGUGUUAUCGAAUUAGUAAAAGUUGGUUAUGAACCAAUUUUAGUUGACAAUGGCUGUAAUUCAUCAUUAGAAUGUUUAUCUCGUGUUGAGCAAAUAGUUGGUAAAAAAUUAAUUCAUUAUGAAAUAGAUAUCCUUGAUGUUAAUCAAUUAGAACGUAUAUUUACUGAGCACACUAUCUUUGCAAUACUUCAUCUAGCGGCAUUGAAAUCUGUUGGUGAAUCUAUUCAAAAACCGUUAUUAUAUUAUAGAAAUAAUUGUAUGGAAAAAUUUGGUGUGAAAAAUUUUUUAUUUUCAUCGUCAGCGACGGUUUACGGUUCACCACAAUAUUUACCAUUGGAUGAAAAACAUCCGUGUGUGGGUGAUCAAAUAACAAAUCCCUAUGGAAAAAGUAAAUAUGUUGCCGAACAUAUUCUUAAAGAUGCAUCGAUCGCGCAUAAGGACUGGAAUAUUGUUAUAUUACGUUAUUUUAAUCCAGUUGGAGCGCAUGAAUCAGGUAAAAUUGGUGAAGAUCCUGUUGGCACACCGAAUAAUUUGAUGCCAUAUGUUGCUCAGGUAGCUGUUGGUAGAUUACCACAUGUAAAUGUCAUGGGAACAGAUUAUGAUACGCCAGAUGGAACAGGCGUUCGAGACUAUAUUCAUGUUGUUGACUUGGCUAUUGGACAUGUUGCAGCUAUGAACAAAUUCAAAGAAAAUUGUGGUCUUAAAAUUUAUAAUCUUGGAACUGGUCAUGGAUAUUCAGUAUUAGAAAUGAUUAAAGCAUUAGAAAAAGCAUCAGGACGAAAUAUUGCAUUUAAAAAUUGUCCAAGACGUCCGGGUGAUUUGGCUAGUGUCUACGCUGAUCCACAACUAGCUGCAAAAGAAUUGAAUUGGACAGCAAAACGAGGAUUAGAUGAAAUGUGUAUGUAUAAAUGUUUGUCCAUUGGCUUUGAUGAAUUUCACACACGCUUGUGGUACAAUCACUGUGGACUUGUUGGCAUGGUCAAUAAUUGUCCGAAUAUGAAUGAACGUUAA